AUGGAUAUGCAAACCAACUAGAAUAAUAAAUAACCCAUUGUGUCAAAUUUAUAAUAAAUUAUUAUUAUUAUUCGUGUAUGUAGCCUUGAAAAGGCAGUACCCUAGGAUUAAAUAUUACAAAGAAUUAGAAGAGUUUUUAAAUUCUUCUCUCUUGUCUCAUUAGGUUCUCCAUAUUGA